ACGGAGUGAGUCAGUGUGGGAAGCCCAACCCACGCUCCCUUCACCCGCGACGCACGGAGAGACGAGCACACACGACGAACAGGUGCUCCAGUCCUACCUGAGGAGCACAACAUGAGGAUCUAUCCCGCUCUGGACCUGCACCGACACAAUGUUGCCGUGGCUUACUGAUUUUUCCUGAAGAGUUCAGCACUUCACGCGCUUCCUGCGGAGUCUCUGGGAAUAUCGGGCGAAUAUGAAAGUGACAGUGUGUUUUGGAAGGACCCGGGUGGUCGUUCCCUGUGGGGAUGGGAAUAUGAAAAUACACAGUCUCAUUCAGCAAGCGACAAUGAGAUAUAAAAAAGCCAUAGCCAAGGACCCAAGCUACUGGAUACAGGUGAAUCGGUUAGAGCAUGGAGACGGAGGCAUCCUGGACCUGGAUGACGUGCUGUGUGAUGUAGCCGAUGACAAAGACAGGCUGGUGGCGGUGUAUGAGGAGCAGGACCCCCAUCAUGGAGGUGACGGCACCAGCGCCAGCUCCACAGGCACCCAGAGUCCAGAGCUCUUCAGCACGGGUGAGCUCAACUCCAGCAACCUGUCGGCCUUCCAGCCCUACCAGACCAGCAGUGAGAUCGAGGUCACCCCAUCGGCCCUCAGGACCAACAUGCCUUUGCAUGUACGCCGCAGCAGUGAUCCGGCUCUGGUUGGUCUGCCCGAAGCCCAGCUCCAGCCAGAGGAACCGUCUCGUAGGAAUCCCACACGCUGGUCCACCACAGCAGGAUUUCUAAAAGCCAAUAACACCAGCGGAACCAACAGCCUAGAGCGAAAGGGUAAGGCUCUGGAAGCGUACCGCAGCCUGCCUCGUGAUGUUGUCCCCUGGGAUAUCCAGUUUCAGAGGGAAAAUGCCCGUUCUUCCCUCAGUGCCAACCAUCCCAUGGUGGACCGAUGGCUUGAGCGCCAAGAACAGGAAGAAGAAGAAGAAGAAGACGAGGAGAGAACAGACAACGGGAGGAAUGGCAGGAUAGAGCCGGUGGGACGGGCAGAUUCCUGUUGGGAGUCAGCUUCACUUGAUGCAAUGUUGAAGCCGGUUGAGGUGUCCAAUGGCGGUGGGCCGCUAGGAAUCCACAUUGUGCCUUUCAGUGCCAGAGACAGAAGGACGCUGGGCUUGUUAGUGAAGAGGCUGGAGAGGGGCGGGAAGGCGGAGCGGGAAGCUCUGUUCCAGGAGAACGACUGUAUCGUCCGGAUUAAUAACACAGACCUGCGCAACAUCCGAUUUGAACAGGCCCAGAAUUUGUUCAGACAGGCUAUGCGUACUCCACUCAUCCUGUUUCAUGUGGUUCCAGCAGUGAAGAAAGCCCAAUACGAGCUGUUAUCUCAGAAUGAACUGGGCCUUCAGGCUGCUCCGGGCCCCAGGGACAGGGCCAGUCUGGUGGGAGGAGGUGUCGACUACAGUCCACUGAGAAUGUCCAGAGCCGACUCGACCCUGGGCUAUCCCAUGUUACCACACAUUGCAAACACAUCAAACAGGACCCCACCGGGCUCCAUCCAGUCCUCCAGACCCACCAGCGCUGCCUCCUCUUUGGGCUACUCUAAAAAGAUCGGCCGCAAGUUCAACAUCCAGCUGAGGAAAGGUCCGGAGGGCUUGGGUUUCAGCAUCACCUCCAGAGACGUCCCGAUUGGCUCUUCCGCCCCCAUAUAUGUGAAGAACAUCCUCCCGCGUGGAGCCGCCAUCCAGGACGGCCGUCUGAAGGCCGGAGACCGGCUGCUCGAGGUUAAUGGAGUGGAUCUGAAUGGUAAGACUCAGGAGGAGGUUGUGGCUCUGUUGCGCUCGACUCCCAUGGGAGGCACUGUAGGUCUUCUCAUCGUCAGACAAGAGGACGCUCUCCUGCCCCGCGAAGUGAAAGAACAAGAUGACUUAAUUUUGACCCCGGAUGGAACGCGGAAGUUUAUGACGUUUGAAAUCCCUCUCAAUGACUCGGGAUCGGCCGGUUUAGGGGUCAGCGUCAAGGGCAAUAGAUCGAAAGAGGGCCACGCUGACCUGGGCAUUUUCGUCAAGUCUAUAAUCACUGGAGGAGCCGCCUGCAAGGACGGGCGGCUGAGGGUCAAUGACCAGCUGAUAGCGGUUAAUGGAGAGUCUCUGCUGGAGAAAACCAAUCAGGAAGCGAUGGAGGCCCUCCGCACAUCCAUGUCCAUCGAGGGCAACAAGAGAGGCAUGAUUCAGCUGAUCGUGGCCCGGCGGGUCGCAGGGAGGGGAGAGGAGGCUCCUGGUAGCCCGCCUAUGCCUCUGAACUCUUCACGAGACGAACAUGAGCGACGGAUCUCUCAGACACUGUAUCCUGGAGAGAGCCUGGAUGACAACCACACCCCACGACCCACCAUGAUGGGAAGAAUGAUGGGUCACUACCAGCUGUCCCCCACCGUGAAUAUGCCCCAGGACGACACAGUCAUCAUUGAAGAUGAUAGGCCACCUGUUCUUCCUGCCUGCUUACCAAACAAAACACCAUCCACCACCCAUGAUGACAUGGGAUUUGUGACAGAAAUGCCAGGAUCCUGGCCCAAAGAUGUCCAGAUUCAGGACGAAAGCACACUCUGUCCAGACGCAGAUAUGGAUGGUGUGUUUCAGAGGGAAGGCUUCGGCCGGCAGAGCAUGUCAGAAAAGCGGACCAAACAGUACAGCGAUGCCGCUCAACUGGAGAUCGUCAAGAGUCGCAAGUCGAAGAGUAUGGACCUAGGCAACUCCACGCGAGAUGUGGGACCGUCGUUGGGUUUGAAGAAGUCGAGUUCCUUGGAGAGCCUCCAGACAGCUGUUGCCGAGGUGACGCUCAACGGAGACGUCCCGUUCCACAGGCCACGCCCCAGAAUCAUCAGGGGGCGGGGCUGCAACGAGAGCUUCCGGGCGGCCAUUGACAAGUCUUACGACAAUCCUGGUGUGCCAUAGGCCACGCCCGAUGAAGAUGACAUCAGGAGGGGCGUACUGGGCGUGGAAGAAGAUACAGAGGAGAGUUCACGAUCAGGCCGUGACUCCAUUUCCACAGCCACGGAUCUCACCCUCCCACCCUCCAACACAGAGAAACAGCUGAAUGGAGGACGCACCAAAGAUGACAAGAAGAAGGAGCGAGGAGGGAAGGACAAGAAAGACAAGAGCAAAGCCAAGAAAGCUGUGCUGAAGGGCCUGGGUGACAUGUUCAGGUUCGGCAAAAACCGCAAAGACGAGAGGCAAGGGGACAAGAUGGAGCGGAAAGGGUCCAGCAAGAGCAAGAUGGAGGAAACUCAGGCCAGCGAGGAGGAGAUGCAGAGAAUGAAGCUGGAGAAGGAGAGGAUUCAAGCAAAGACCAGGGAGCUCAGAGAGCGACAGGCCAGAGAACGAGACUAUGCUGAGAUCCAGGACAUCAACCGAAACUUCAGCUCUGACGAAGAGCACACCUAUGCUGGGAUCGGCUCUCUGGACUCGUCCCUGAACAGCAGUAUGGACCUGAGCCAUAACCCCGGUCCAGAGCGUCCUCAGAGCCCCAGAGACCAGGCCCUGCCCUUAGAGGUUCUUUACGCACAGGUCAACAAGCCCCGCAACGGACGCCCACCCUCCGUCGACAGCAGCCGACUGGCACCGAGCAACCAUGACCGGAUACAGUGUCUACGGCAAGAGUUCCAGCAGACCAAGCAGGAGGAGGAACCUGAUGACCGCCGUCGAUCCUACAGCUUUCAACAACAACAGAGGGGCAACACGGGUUCUUAUACACCGACGGGGCGGCACUCGGUUUCUGUGGAGGACCAAAUGCAGAAACAGAGAGAGGACAGAGACUCUUUCACACAAGCCCAGAGGCAGUACAACUCCUUACCGCGACAGCCACGUAAAAACCCUAGCACCGUGUCUCAAGACUCUUGGGAUAAAGUCUAUCCUCCCGGUGAGGUCUUUCAGUCCGCCAAAGAGAACCCGCGCUACUCCAGCUACCAGGGAUCCCGCACUGCCAAUGGCUACUUGGGUGCCGCUGCCACGGGCCUGAACGCUCGUGUCCUCCUGGAGACCCAAGAGCUCCUGAGACAGGAACAGAGACGAAAGGAGCAGGAGGCUAAAACCAAGCUACCUACUAUGGAGGAGACACCAACCCCAAGCCAAACCCCUGUUCCUGCUCCACCCAAAGGCCCCUACCGACAAGAUGUGCCACCCUCGCCCACCCAACUCGCCCGGCUCAACCGUUUACAGACACCUGAGAAGGGCCACCCCUUCUACUCCUGAGACAAGAGAUCAAAAUUGUAGGAAAAACUGUGUGACAGCAAUAAUAUGGAAUGGUGAGAGACAGAGCUAUAAUAUGGAGACUGAAUGGAGAAUUCUGGGUAAUUUGUUUUGGAGGUUUUUCUGAAUUGUUUUUAUUUUUUUAUUUUUUUUGUACUCCGGUAUGAAAUCUUUGUACACACUGAAGAUCUUUAUCAACUAUCCAUCUCCCAUUCCUGCUUUUGACAAUUGUGUAUGUUAUGGCUACUACAGAGGUCAUGACAUCCAAAAUGAUAUGAUAGUAGCCACAAUUUAAGAAUUCAUUCCCACGACUUAAUUUGUGACUACAGUUUAUCAAUAUUUUCUUUCCUAAUUCAGUCAUUUUUACUCCUUAUAAUAAAAAUGGUAAAUUCAAUGAAAAACAAAAAAACAAAAAAAAACAAACAAACAAAAAAUAAAAACAGCAUAAAUUUAGUAAAACUUAUCAAUGAUGUAUAAAUAUUUUACAUUUUAAAUAUUUCAUUAGUAUCUUCGCAGAGAAUGAGAAUUUGGAUGCGUUACACUAAUGAGAGUUUUGUGGGUGUAGGUGUGCAGUAUGUGUUCAGGGUGAGUGUGUUUGCCCAUGUACUCCAGCAGUGUAGCUGAACUCAGCUAAUGGAGUGCAGAAAGGCCAUGACCCCACAACCCUCCAACUCUCUGCUACGGAAAUCCCCAUUAACCCAUCAUACUUCUCAGCUGCUCUUCAUGUGACGCCUCCCAUCUCCACCCACUUCAUAAUUGAUUCUUCUGCUUCUGUUAGUGGCCUCUGUUCCUCCUCUACUAAACUGGUAAAUGUGCAGAUCUCACCCUUCUCAGUGCAAUACAUCCCAGACCAGGAAUUCAGGAAUUAGGGAAUUAAUAAGACCUUUGUUAUUUUUUUUUUCUAUAAUUUGUUAAAAUACUUCCUAAAGAGUAAAGAAUUUAGCUUGGUGCUAAUAUCAGAACAGAAAUUUACAUAAACUAGGCCUACAUAAACUUACAUAAUUACAAAAACUUGACUUGAAAGUCAACAUGAAACUGUAUUCAUCAAUAGCUAUGUUUUCAUUCAACUAUUUCAUGUGAAUUUUGGGAUUUGUCAAAGAAACACCAAGAAAACCAAAA